GUUGCGGUGUGAAAAGAAGCCCAGCUAAGUAAGACCCAAACGAAUCGAAAUCGCAUCGCAAUCUCUGAGAGAGAGAUGCAGAAGAGAGAGCAGGGUAAGUCCGGUGGAGGCGCCGGUGGUGGGUCCGCCACACCGGCAAAGAGAGGCCGUCCUUUUGGCAGCGGUAACAACAGUGCAGCCGCUGCCGCAGCAGCCGCCGCCGCUGAUUUGGCUGCUCCGUCAACACUGCUCGGUCCUUCGCUUCACGUUCACAACUCCUUUGCCGAUCAAAACAACAAAAGAAUAGUUCUGGCUCUUCAAAGUGGUCUCAAGAGUGAGCUGACGUGGGCGUUGAAUACCCUUACACUGCUCUCCUUUAAAGAAAAGGAUGAUAUGCGCCGGGAUGCAACUCCCCUUGCCAAAAUUCCCGGUCUGCUCGAUGCUCUUCUUCAAGUUAUUGAUGACUGGCGUGACGUAGGGCUCCCAAAGGAGCUAGUAAAGAAAUCAAGGGUUAGGACUUUAGGCGUUAAUUCUGUUGCAACUGGAUUUGGUAAUCAGUACCAGGCUUUAAGCUCAACUGCUACUCUCCACCGUCCAGGCCUAGGAUCUGCCUCUGCUGGUACAGAAUCAACACAGCAGAGUGGCGGCGCAACAAAAUCUCGUUUUUCAGAGUUGUGGUUUGAUGAAGAUGGUCUAUUUAAUCUAGAUGACGAAGGGCGAGCAGAAAAACAGCAAUGUGCUGUUGCUGCAUCAAAUAUCAUCAGGAACUUCUCCUUCAUGCCAGAUAAUGAACUUAUUAUGGCCCAACAUCGUCAUUGUUUGGAAACAGCCUUCCAAUGCAUAGAAGAUCAUAUCAUAGAGGAUGAAGAACUUGUCACGAAUGCUCUAGAGACAAUCGUUAACUUGGCUCCACUUCUGGAUCUUCGAAUAUUUAGCUCAUCCAAGCCCUCAUUUAUUAAAAUAACAGAGAAACGUGCAGUUCUGGCCAUCAUGGGGAUGUUAGAAUCUACAGUCAAAGCCUGGCAUUGCGCUGCAGCUGAAUUACUUGGGCGUUUGAUCAUUAAUCCUGACAAUGAACCUUUCUUACUUCCAUUUUUUCCACAGAUACACAAACGCUUAGUUGAUCUUAUCAGCUUACCAGCAUUAGAUGCCCAGGCAGCUGCAAUUGGUGCACUAUAUAACCUUGCUGAAGUUAAUAUGGACUGCAGGUUGAAGAUUGCUAGCGAGAGAUGGGCAAUAGAUCGAUUGCUCAAAGUGAUAAAGACCCCACAUCCGGUUCCAGAAGUUUGCCGGAAAGCUGCCAUGAUAUUGGAGAGUCUUGUUUCUGAGCCGCAAAACAGAACUUUGUUGUUGGCCUAUGAGAAUGCUUUUGCAGAGAUACUUUUCACAGAGGGCAGAUACUCUGAUACGUUUGCAAGGAUAUUGUAUGAACUAACAUCCAGACCAAGUAAUAAAGUGGCAACAGCUCGUGGCAUAUGGGGUAUGUAACUCCAAACCGUGUCAAUUGUUGAAGUGAGAUACGGCUUCAAUCAGUGAUAUCUAUAUAGCUCUAGUUUCUGGAACAUGGAUAGCUUUUGUAUGACUAGUUCAUUUGAUGAUUCAAAAUGUACAUGUCUUCUGUCCAUGAUUACACCAUACAUUCAGUGUACUCAAGUUUAUGAGGGUUGCAUCGUCUAUUCUGCUUAAGAUGGGAGGAGAAAGGGGGUGUGGCUCCCCAAACAUGUUAUAUUAUGUAGGCCUUGUGAACUUCUAAUUUCAUUAUGAAGUACAUUGUAGAUCCUUCAAUAUUAUCUUUUUAUGAUUUUCUUUUGCUA